AGGGCCAAAAAACCUUAUAAACCCUAACCGAAGUUGGAGCCUGACUAGCGUGUGAAACGCAGGAACCAUUUCUCUUUUCUGAAAUGGCCGGACCGUUGCUUCGCUCUCUCUGGUCUACCACCAGAAAAUCUCUAUCUUCUUCCUCCUCCUCCCUCAAACCACUGGACGCUUACGCUCGCGGCACUGGCCUCGCUCGCGCCUUCUCCACCGCCGUGCCAGCCACCGCCGAUGCCGCCGCUCCGAGCAGUGCGCUGGAUCCCGGCCGGCUUCGGAACGUGGCGGUGAUCGCCCACGUCGACCACGGCAAGACCACCCUCAUGGACCGCCUCCUCCGCCAGUGCGGCGCCGAUAUCCCCCACGAGCGCGCCCUUGACUCUAUCAGCCUUGAGCGUGAGCGUGGUAUCACUAUCGCUUCCAAGGUUACAUCUAUUACAUGGAAGGAAAAUGAGCUAAACAUGGUUGAUACACCUGGACAUGCUGAUUUUGGUGGUGAAGUUGAGCGGGUAGUUGGCAUGGUCGAGGGAGCCAUUUUGGUUGUAGAUGCGGGUGAAGGUCCGCUUGCACAGACCAAGUUUGUACUAGCUAAAGCCUUGAAAUAUGGGAUACGGCCUAUACUUCUUUUAAACAAAGUAGACAGACCUGCAGUAUCUGAGGAAAGGUGCAAUGAAGUUGAGAGUCUGGUGUUUGAUCUUUUUGCAAAUCUUGGUGCCACAGAGGAGCAACUAGAUUUUCCUGUUCUUUAUGCUUCUGCUAAAGAAGGAUGGGCUUCGUCCAUCUUCACCAAAAAUCCUCCUGACGAUGUAAAAAAUAUGUCAGAGUUGCUUGAUGCAAUCAUAAGACAUGUUUCUCCACCCACGACAAACCUUGAUGCACCUUUCCAGAUGAUGGUUUCCAUGAUGGAAAAAGACUUUUAUCUUGGGAGAAUAUUGACUGGGCGUAUUUCUUCUGGAAUUAUUCGUGUUGGUGACCGAGUACAUGGACUUCGAAAAACAGAUUCUGGGGCUGAGAAAAUUGAAGAAGGAAAGGUUACAAAAUUGAUGAAGAAGAAGGGUACAAGCAUAGUUCUAAUUGAUAGUGCAGGAGCAGGGGAUAUAAUAUCGAUGGCUGGGUUGGCAAGUCCAUCAAUAGGACACACAGUGGCAAAUGUGGAGGUAAUGACUGCACUUCCCACUGUUGAACUGGAUCCUCCAACCAUUUCAAUGACUUUUGGUGUCAAUGACUCUCCAUUGGCUGGCCGUGAUGGUACUCACUUGACUGGUGGAAGAAUUGGUGAUCGACUAAUGGCUGAAGCAGAAACAAAUCUUGCCAUAAAUGUGAUCCCGGGUUUGUCAGAGUCAUAUGAAGUUCAGGGUAGAGGAGAGCUUCAGUUAGGUAUUUUAAUCGAGAAUAUGCGGCGUGAAGGAUUUGAGUUAUCUGUCUCACCACCUAAAGUCAUGUAUAAAACCGAGAAUGGUGGAAAGAUGGAGCCAAUUGAAGAAGUGACUAUUGAGGUAAAUGAUGAACAUGUGGGGUUAAUCAUGGAAGCCUUAUCUCACAGGCGAGCUGAAGUUACUGACAUGGGUCCUGUCCCAGGAAAUAUGGGCAGAACUAGAAUGUGUUUGACUUGUCCAUCCAGGGGCCUUGUUGGUUACAGAAGUGUGUUUAGCAGUGAUACACGUGGCACUGGAUUUAUGCACCGCGCUUUCCUGACAUAUGCCAAACACCGUGGUCUUCUUGGAAAUGUCAGGAAAGGAGUACUGGUGUCCAUGGGCCAUGGAACAAUCACGGCUCAUGCACUCAUGAGUUUAGAAGCUCGUGGAACUCUCUUUGUGAACCCUGGGAUGGAGACAUAUGAUGGCAUGAUCAUAGGUGAACAUUCACGAGAUACCGAUCUUGAUGUGAACCCAGUUCGAAAUAAGGAACUUACCAAUGUACGGGCUGCUGGCAAGGAUGAGAAUGUGAAGCUAUCUCCUCCUCGCCUUAUGACUCUUGAAGAAGCAAUUGGAUACGUUGCUUCUGAUGAACUCAUCGAGGUUACGCCAAAAUCCAUACGGUUAAGAAAGAGAUACUUGGAUGCUAACAAGCGUAAAAUGAUGAGGAACAAGCCCAAGGAGUGAAGCAAUUGUUCUGAUUUCUGAAACAGUUUUGUAACCUUAUUACAGGAUUUUAAAUCACUUUAGGUCAUAUAUGUUAUGGGAAAAACUGAAGUGUACGUUAUUCUUUCACAAACAUUGAGAGGCAAGGAAAUUCAAUGUUGUAUUAAUUUAUUAAAAAAAUUGCAAUAAAAAAAUAAAUUAUUGA